AUGGAAGGAUCAAAACGUAGACUUCCAUCAGGACUUUAUGUGAUUUCCACAAAGUUUGGGUACAUGCUGUCAGGACGCACUGUGAACAACCUGGAAAACAACAAAAGACAGGUUUUUAGUACACAGUCAGACAAAGACGGCGAAACAUGGGAUAGAUACUGGUCCCUUGAGUCAGCUGGUACAAACGAAUACACAGGCACGGAUAAAGAUGAGAAGCAAAUACUAGAAGAAAAAAUACUCAAGAGAUUCAAAGAAACAGCAGUCAAGCGACCAGAGGGCUAUUAUGUCAGAUUACCGCGGAAGGACGAACACGCAGUUCUUCCGGAUAAUAAACAAAUGGCAUUAGCUAGACUGCGAAGUCUUUUCAAACAAUUUAGGAAUCGAGAGCACGAGUUGCAAGAAAUAGAUGCCAUUUUUAAGGAGCAACUCGAACACGGAAUUAUAGAAGUGGCACCAGAAGAGACUACAUGCGCAGGCAGUAGAAUGCAUUAUCUGCCUUAUCAAGUGGUGUUCACUCCAGAGAAGAAAACAACACCGAGGAGAGUCGUCUUUGAUGCCUCUGCGCAUCCUCCCAAAGGACAGCCGUCACUAAACGACCUUCUCCACCAAGGACCGGUGAUCCUACCCAACAUCAUAGGAAUAUUGAUGCGCUUCCGGGUUGGACAGGACGCUUUCACGGCAGACAUCGAAAAGGCCUUUUUACAAAACAUGUAUGUCGACAACUUAGUCGUAACAGCAGAAACGACAGAAGAAGCAUUGCAGCAGUACAAGCAAAUCAAAACCAUCUUCAACGACCUCAAAAUGAACAUGAGAGGAUUUACCUCAAACGAUGCGAACUUCAUGCAAUCUAUAGCUCUGACAGAUAAAGCAGAGGAUACACGGGGCCCAAAGGUGUCAGGUAUACAGUGGGAGACAAAUGGAGACAAACUUGUCAUAAGAUGUGAUACUCCUAAAGCAUCGGCGAUUACAAAACGCACCGUCUUAAAGAUGCAAGCAUCCAUAUACGACCCCUUAGGAUGGCUUCUCCCAUUACUCAUUAGGGCCAAGAUUUUCUUCCAGUCACUGUGGAGCAAGUCGUACACUUGGGAUGAGAUUCUCAGUGAAGAAGCUAUAAAAAUGUGGAAGAAGCUUCAGGAGUCAAUGCUAGGCUUUCACAAAGAGAUCCCUAGGAAGAUAACGAACAAGGAGUCGCAGUGUAGCUUGAUCGCAUUCAGCGAUGCGAGUGCAACAUCUACGGCAGCUUGCAUUUACAUCAGGGACGACUGUGAUCGACACCUCGUCAUAGCAAAGUCAAAGUUGCCAUCGCUCAAAGCACAACACACGAUCCCCAAAAUGGAAAUAUAUGCGAUGACAAUUGCAGCUCGGCUACUUUUGACAGUAUACCGAGAAGUCAGGGAAGUCAGGAUGAUAACAGAUAAACUUACUGCCGAUAACAUUGAGGUUUAUUUCGGCUACGUAAGCACAAAAGCUAAUCCAGCAGACUGUGCUACCAGAGGGCUGGAUGCCGACGAACUGCAGUCCCAUAUCUGGUGA